AUGUACACCGAGUUUCUUAAAAGUGUAAAAGUGAACGAGGAAGGGCGCUACGAAGACCCAUUGCCGCAGCUGGAAGCGCAUUCUCGAGUGCGUGACAAUAAGACAAUUUCCGAGCGUCGCCUCUCGUCUUUGGUGAAAAAAUUGAAGGUCGACGGUUUGUACGAGGAUUAUGAUGCUGUUUUCGAGGAGUGGCGAGAUGAGGGAAUCAUCGAGUACGUGCCAAACGACGCAGCCGAGACCAUUGGGCACUACCUUCCCCAUCGCCACGUUGUAAAGGUGAACAGCACUACAGCAAUUAUGCCCGUCUUCGACGCGUCAGCCAAGCUGCCUCCGCAUCCAGCGCUCAACAAAUGUUUAGAGAAAGACCCCAACUUCAUCGAGACCAUCACGGACGUUUUAUUGAGGUAUAGAGAAGGUAGUAUUGGCGUAAUUGCAGAUAUUAAGAAAGCGUUUCUACAAGUCAGUGUUGAUCCGAAAGAUAGAGAUUUUUUGCGUUUCUUUAAGUUUAACGAAUUCGGGACUAGGGUGAUUUUCCGACAUUGUAGAGUUGUUUUUGGCAUAUGUAGUAACCCUUUUAUUUUAGCAGCUGUAAUUCGAUUACAUUUAGAAAAGAUUCUUAAAAGCAUAAAGGAGGAUUUUUCCCGUAGAUUUUUCGGAGCAGUAUAUUAUUAA